AUGGCUCCUCCACACCGUAACCGCCCUUCCCCGCUCGAAAUCCCCUCGUCCGCCUCUUCAUCGGAGGUGGAAGUGACCGACUCCGGUUCCGUCUCUAACACCGAGCAGCCCAACGACACUACUGCGGUAGUCACUCCCCUUAAGAACACCAAGCCUCAGAAGAAUCACGUCAAGAAGACGGAAGCUUCCCCAUCAAAGCCCUGGUCUUCUUCUUCUUCUUCCUCCGGGGUGGGCACAACAACUGUGCAUGCAGUGGCAGCUUCCAAGCCCAUGCAAGAUUCCAACAAGUCCAUGCACUGGCGGACCUACAUAGAGUCCAGUGGGUGCUGCUGCCCGCACUCAAAUGUCUUGCAUUCCAUGUUUUCUAGUAAAAAACAGCCUGUUUUAGCCAGCUUUUCUUUAAAAUGUACUAUUUUUCCCCCUUCAUAUAGUAUUUCUUUGGUUCAUAUAAGUAAUCGGCCCCCACUCAUACAUGAUCUUGGGUCCGCCACUCCCAAGACUAGGUCGAAGUCCGCUGCUAGACUUGCUGCAGCGAAACCCGGCACCAAGCGUCCCGUAGCCGACUGCGGUGGUGACGUGGAGGUGCUCAAGGGGAGUAAGAAGGCCAAGAAGGAGGUGAAAGCCGAGAAGAAAGUGAAAGAUGCUGAAGACAAGAAGGUGAGAGGUAAAGAAAAAGAAGCUGAAGAGGAGGAGGCUGCUGAUGUGAAGAAGGGGAGGGGUCUAUUUCAGAUGCGGCUUUGGAGUGAUGAGGAUGAGAUUAAGUUGGUGAAAGGCAUGAUGGAGUACGUGAAGGUGAAAAGAGGGGCGGAUCCGGUUGUUGAUGUGGAUUCGUUUUAUGAGUUUGUCACACCAUUGCUGACUGUGAGUGUCAAUAAGAGCCAGCUGCAAGAUAAGGCGCGGAGAAUGAAGAAAAAGUACGAGAACAUUGCUCGCAACAAGUUUAAGCCAACCAAGGAUCAUGAUUGGGAAGCCUACAGUUUGAUGAAGAAGGUGUGGGGAGGUGGUGAGGACGAAGCCCGAAAGGUGGAAGAGGGCAAGAAGGAGGAUCAGAAUGGUACUGGGAAGGCUAAGGGUGUGGCUUCAUUUGAGCCGUUGAAGGAGCCAAAUGGGUCAGUUGGUGUUGGAGUUGGUGAUGGUGAGUUGAAUGGGGGUGGUGGGAUUGUGAAGGGUUUCAAUGAGGGUGGUGGGUUUGUAAAGGGUUUCAAUGGGAAUGGUGGGUUUUUGAAGGGUUUGAAUGAGCUUGGGGGUUGGGAGAAUUUUGUGAAUCAAGGUAUGAAGUUGGUUGAUGAAGCAAAGGGUGCAGAGGUGAAUUGUAAAUGGAAGGAGUUGCAUCUUCUUGAAUUGGAGCUUUUUAUCAAGAAGACUCAGGUUAUGGGGGAUCAAGCCAAGCUAAUCUUGGAGGCUCUGAAGUCUUCUGACAAUUAG